CAUGAAAUGGGUUCCGUUUCAAUCCCCUGUUUCGUUCUCAUCGUUCUGUUACAAUGCCGUUACCUAUUCGCAUCACCCAAUGUGGCCAAGAAAACAUACAUAGUUCACAUGAAGCACAACAACAAGCCUGAAAUAUACCCCACACACCUUGACUGGUACACCGCAAAUCUCCAAUCCAUUUCAACGGAUUCCGAUCCACUCCUCUAUUCCUACACCAACGCUUACAACGGCUUUGCUGCGUCGCUCGAUGACCAACAGGCGCAGCAACUUCUCAGAUCCGAAGCGGUUCUCGGCGUCUACCAGGACACCGUUUACCAACUUCACACCACUCGUACACCGCAGUUCCUUGGCCUUGAAGCCCAAACGGGCCUGUGGGAAGGCCACAGUACCCAGGACCUCAACCAAGCGUCGCACGACGUUAUCAUAGGGGUGCUCGACACUGGAAUAUGGCCCGAAUCUCAGAGCUUCAACGACGCCGGAAUGCCAGACAUUCCGCCACGGUGGCGCGGCGAGUGCGAGCCAAGCGCCGAUUUCUCGCCUUCCCUUUGCAACAAAAAGCUCAUCGGCGCGCGAAGCUUCUCGCGAGGGUUCCACAUGGCGGCUGGAACUGGCGCUGGUUACGCCAAUAAAGAGCCGGUGUCCCCUCGCGAUAGGGACGGCCACGGGACCCACACGGCAAGCACCGCCGCUGGCUCGCACGUGGCGAACGCCAGCCUCCUCGGCUACGCGAGCGGCACUGCACGUGGCAUGGCGCCGCAGGCGCGCGUGGCGGCGUAUAAGGUUUGUUGGACGGACGGUUGCUUCGCCUCGGACAUUCUCGCCGGAAUCGACCGCGCAAUUGAGGACGGCGUGGACGUGCUCUCGCUUUCCCUCGGCGGUGGUUCCGCUCCUUACUUCCGCGACACCAUCGCCGUUGGCGCAUUCGCGGCGGUGGAGAGAGGGAUCUUCAUUUCCUGCUCCGCCGGGAACAGCGGGCCCAGCAAAGCCUCUCUUGCCAACGUGGCACCGUGGAUAAUGACUGUUGGGGCAGGGACGUUAGACAGAGAUUUCCCUGCUUACGCUGUGCUCGGCAACAAGAAGCGCUUCGCUGGGGUUUCGCUUUACAGUGGAAAGGGAAUGGGGAGUGAGCCCGUGGGUUUGGUUUAUAACAAAGGGUCGAACCAGUCGGGGAGUAUUUGCAUGCCCGGUUCGCUGGACCCCGCCUUGGUUCGAGGUAAAGUGGUGGUUUGCGACAGAGGGCUGAAUGCGCGCGUGGAGAAGGGUAAGGUGGUGCGUGAUGCCGGUGGGGUUGGGAUGAUUCUGGCGAACACUGCAGCGAGUGGUGAAGAGUUGGUGGCGGAUAGUCACCUGCUACCGGCUGUGGCGGUGGGGAGAAGGGUGGGGGAUCAGAUCAGAGAGUAUGCUGCCUCGGAUCCCAAUCCAACGGCAGUUCUUGGAUUCCGUGGAACGGUUUUGAACGUUAGACCUUCCCCUGUCGUGGCAGCGUUUAGUUCGAGAGGGCCCAAUAUGGUGACUAGACAGAUUCUGAAACCGGACGUUAUUGGGCCUGGGGUUAACAUCUUAGCUGGUUGGUCAGAAGCUAUUGGGCCCUCUGGGUUGUCUGCUGACACUCGCAAGACACAGUUCAACAUUAUGUCAGGUACGUCCAUGUCUUGUCCACACAUUAGUGGUUUGGCUGCGUUGUUGAAAGCCGCUCAUCCAGAUUGGAGUCCCAGUGCUAUUAAAUCUGCACUCAUGACUACGGCUUAUACCCACGACAACACCAAGUCCCCACUUCGUGAUGCCGAAGGGGCUGCAUUUUCCACUCCUUGGGCUCACGGUGCCGGCCAUGUUAACCCUCAGAAGGCCCUCUCUCCUGGCCUUGUCUAUGAUGCCUCAACCGCCGACUACGUUAAGUUCUUGUGCUCCUUGGACUACAACCCCGACCACAUACAACUCAUUGUUAAGCGUCCCGGAGUUAACUGUACCACCAAGUUCUCUGAUCCUGGCCAAUUGAAUUACCCAUCCUUCUCUGUUUUGUUUGGAGGCAAGAGGGUGGUGCGGUACACGCGCACCUUGACCAACGUCGGGGAGGCCGGGUCUGUUUAUGAUGUGGCAGUGGAGGGCCCUUCCACGGUGGGGAUAACGGUGAAGCCCUCAAGACUUGUGUUUGGGAAAGUGGGGGAAAAGCGACGGUACACGGUGACGUUUGUGUCGAAGAAGGGUGGGGGGGAUUCCUUUAGGUAUGGAUUUGGCAGUAUUAUGUGGAGCAAUGUGCAACACCAAGUUAGGAGCCCAGUUGCUUUUUCUUGGACACAGUUGUGAGUUUGUAACAGCGCAGCAGCAC